AUGUACAUUCACUUCCUGGUGGUUCAGACCAAAGUGAAGAACAUCAAGUAUGAUGGAGGAGCUGAGACAGAUCCUCUCUGGAGUGCAACGAGCAGGAAGAUGAUUGAAGCACUGGGGAAACUGGCUUUUCAGCAGCUGCAGAAAGGAAUCCUGAUCUUCUAUGAAUCAGACCUGACAGAGUGUGACAUUAAAGUCAGAGAGGCCUCAGAGUACUCAGGAGUGUUCACACAGAUCUUUAAAGAGGAGGGAGGGCUGUACCAAGAGAAGGUGUUCUGUUUUGUCCAUCUGAGCAUUCAGGAGUUUUUAGCUGCUCUUCAUGUCCAUCUGACAUUUACCAACUCUGUACAACAUUUCUACCAGAGUGCUGUGGACAAGGCCUUGAAGAGUCCAAAUGGACAUCUGGACAUGUUUCUUCGCUUCCUCCUGGGUCUUUCGAUGCCAUCCAAUUGGGAUCUCCUACAAGGCCUGCACAAACAAACAAGAAUCAGCUCACAGAUAAAUCAGGAAGCAGUCAAGUACAUUAAAGAAAGAAUGAACGACACUCUCUCUCCAGAGAAAAGCAUCAAUCUUCUCCACUGUUUGAAUGAAUUGAAGGAUGACUCUGUAGUGAAGGAGAUCCAGCAUCACCUGGGUUUAGGACAUCUGUCUAAAGAUAAUCUCUCUCCUGCUCAGUGGUCAGCUCUGGUCUUCAUCCUACUGUCAUCAGAAACAGGUUUGGAUGUGUUUGACUUGAGGAAAUACUCAGCUUCAGAAGAGGCUCUUCUGCAGCUGCUGCCAGUGGUCAAAGCCUGUAAGAAAGCCCAGUUGAGUGGCUGUAACCUCACAGAGAGAAGCUGUGAAACUCUUUCCUCAAUUCUAAGUUCCCAGUCCUCCAGACUGAGAGAGCUGGACAUGAGUAACAGCAACCUUCAGGACUCAGGAGUGAAGUUGCUUUGUGUUGGCCUUGGGAGUCCACACUGUAUGCUGGAAACUCUCAGGCUGUCAGGCUGUCAGAUCACAGGAACAGGCUUCACCUCUCUGGCCACAGCUCUGCGCUCCAAUCCUUCCAAUUUGAAAGAGCUGGACUUGAGCUAUAAUCACCCAGGAGACUCCGGAAUGAAGCUUUUGUCUGCUCUAAAGGAGGAUCCACAUGUGAAACUGGAAAUACUCUGUGUGGAGCCUCAAGGAGACCAGUGGAUGAGACCAGGUCUAAGAAAAUAUUUCUGUGAUCUGACGCUGGAUCCAAACACAGCACACAAGAACCUCAAACUGUCUGACGACAACAAGGAGGUGACACACAUGAAAGAAGACCAGCUGUAUCCUGAUCAUGAUCUUAGGUUUGAUCACUGGCCUCAGCUGCUGUGUACCAACAGUCUGAGUGGUCGCUGUUACUGGGAGGUUGAGUGGAGUGGAGAGGUUCAUGUUGCUGUAGCUUAUGGAGGAAUCAGAAAGAAAGGAGAAGAGGAUGAAAGCAGGUUUGGAAGGACUUACCAAUCCUGGAGUCUCUACUGUCGUGAUAAUAUAGGUUACUAUGGAAACCAUGAUUACAUAGCAAGAGCCAUCCCUCUUCUCCCCUCACCUCUCUGUCACAAAGUAGCAGUGUAUGUGGACUGUUCUGCAGGAACUGUGUCUUUUUACAGUGUCUCCUCUGAUAAACUGAUCCACCUGCACACCUUCAACACCACCUUCACUGAACCUGUAUAUGCUGGGUUUAGAGUGAAGUCUGACUCUAAUAUCCACCUCUGUGCUGACUCAGAAUAAUGGACUUACUGUGGUGUUUCAUACUUUUUCGCACUUAAUUAUUGUAAAUGUUAAAUCUAUCAGGUAAAUUGUCUCAUACGUUGUACAUAUAUUAGUUUGAUUUGCAGUCCAGAGAUU